GCAGCGAUGGCAAGGAGAGGUAAGACGGCGGUGAGGACGCUGGAAGAUCUGACCCUGGACUCGGGGUAUGGUGGUGCCGCAGACUCCGUCCGGUCCUCCAACUUGUCGCUGUGCUGCUCCGAUUCCCCCCACGCCGCUUACCCCUAUGGAGGAAACGGCUGGCCGCAUCUAGCUGACUCGAUGCACAGUCGACACAACAGCUUUGACACCGUCAACACUGUCCUGGUGGAAGACUCCGAAGUGCUGGACUGCUCCGGGCAGCAUUGCUCCAGGCUGUUGCCUGACCUUGAGGAGGUACCCUGGAGCCUGGACGAGGUGGAGGCUCUCUUCCUCCUCCUCCAGCACCCUCGCCAGCUCCAGCAGCGCCGCCCUCCCAAAGAUGCCUUGGCCAGGCUUUCCACUUUGGUCAGCCGGGCGCUCAUCCGGCUGGCCCGGGAGGCUCAGCGGCUGAGCCUGCGCUUCGCCAAAUGCACCAAGUACGAGAUCCAGAGUGCCAUGGAAAUCGUCCUGGGCUGGAGCCUGGCUUCCAGCUGCACGGCGGCCGCCCUCAGCGCCCUCUCCCUCUACAACAUGAGCAGCGGCGGCGGCGGCGACCGCUUCAGCCGCGGCAAGUCCGCCCGCUGCGGCCUCACCUUCUCGGUGGGCAAGUUCUACCGCUGGAUGGUGGACAGCCGGGUGGCCGUGCGCAUCCACGAGCACGCGGCCAUCUACCUGACCGCCUGCCUGGAGAACCUCUUUCGGGAGAUCUACGCCAGAGUCCNNNUGGCCCCCACCGGCCCGGCCCACCACGAAGCGCCAAAGUUUACGCUCGAGUCUCUGGAGCAGACCGUCAGCAACGACUCGGAGCUGUGGGGGCUGCUGCAGCCCUACCAGCACCUCAUCUGCGGGAAAAACGCCAGCGGUGUUCCAUGCCUGCCAGAAAGUCUGAGUCUUCAUAAAGAUCCACAAAGGUCAAAUAAGCCAGGGGAGGUCCAGAUGUUUAGCCAAUCUGAGUUACGAACCAUAGAACAAUCUUUGCUUGCAACGCGGGUAGGAAGCAUUGCAGAACUCAGUGACCUGGUGUCUCGAGCAAUGCAUCACCUGCAGCCGCUCACUGCGAAGCAACAUAGCAACAGCACUCCCCUGCAUCACAAGCUGGGGUCACUCUACUGGGAACCAGAAGCUUUGUACACACUCUGCUAUUUUAUGCACUGCCCCCAGAUGGAAUGGGAGAACCCAAAUGUGGAGCCUUCCAAAGUCACGCUCCAGACAGAAAGGCCUUUCAUAGUGCUGCCACCUCUGAUGGAAUGGAUAAGAGUAGCUCUGGCUCAUGCAGGGCAUCGUCGCAGUUUCUCUGUGGAUAGUGAUGAUGUACGGCAAGCAGCUAGGCUUUUGCUACCAGGAGUUGACUGUGAACCUCGGCAGUUAAAAAUUGAUGACUGCUUCUGGGCUUCUCGGAAACUGGAUGCAGUAGCCACAGAAGCAAAGUUCAAGCAGGACCUGGGGUUCCGAAUGUUGACCUGUGGCCGAACAGAUUUGGUCAAACAGGCCAUUUCGUUGCUGGGGCCUGAUGGAAUUAACAGCAUGAGUGAACAGGGCAUGACUCCACUGAUGUAUGCUUGUGUGAGGGGAGAUGAGGCCAUGGUCCAGAUGCUGCUGGAUGCUGGAGCAGAUCUAAAUGCUGAGGUUGUCAGUACUCCUCAUAAAUAUCCAUCUGUCCACCCCGAGACCCGCCAUUGGACCGCUCUGACAUUUGCUGUGUUGCAUGGACAUAUUCCUGUAGUCCAGCUGUUGUUGGAUGCAGGAGCCAAAGUAGAAGGUUCUUUGGAAUAUGGUGAGGAAAACUAUUCGGAAACUCCUCUGCAACUGGCAGCUGCUGCUGGGAAUUUUGAAUUGGUUAGUCUCCUUUUGGAGCGAGGUGCUGAUCCCAUGAUUGGAACCAUGUAUAGGAAUGGAAUUUCCAUGACUCCACAAGGUGAUAUGAACUCUUUCAGCCAGGCUGCUGCACAUGGACACAGAAAUGUAUUUCGUAAGCUGCUUGCUCAGCCAGAGAAGGAGAAAAGUGAUAUUCUGUCCCUGGAGGAGAUACUGGCUGAGGGAACGGAGUUGGCAGACAGUACUCCAGCGCCGUUAUGUGCCAGCCGCAACAGCAAGGCCAGACUUAAAGCUCUGAAGGAAGCUAUGUAUCACAGCGCUGAACACGGAUAUGUGGAUGUAACCAUUGACAUCAGGAGCAUAGGUGUCCCGUGGACUCUCCAUACAUGGCUAGAGUCCUUAAGAACUGCUUUUCAACAGCACAGAAGACCUCUCAUCCAGUGCUUGCUGAAAGAAUUUAAAUCCAUUCAGGAAGAAGAAUACACUGAAGAACUGGUCACACAAGGAUUGCCUUUGAUGAUCGAGAUCUUGAAGGCAAGCAAGAACGAAGUUAUCAGUCAACAGCUGGCUGCCAUUUUCACUCAUUGCUAUGGACCCUAUCCUAUUCCCAAACUUGUUGAAAUCAAACGCAAGCAGACAUCUCGCUUAGAUCCCCAUUUCCUUAACAAUAAGGAAAUGUCAGAUGUUACAUUUCUUGUGGAAGGAAGACCAUUUUAUGCACACAGAGUAUUACUAUAUACUGCAUCCCAAAGGUUUAAAGCUCUUUUGUCCAGCAAACCUACAUCUGACAGCACUUUUAUUGAAAUCAGCUACGUGAAGUAUCACAUUUUCCAGCUUAUUAUGCAGUAUCUCUACUAUGGAGGUGCAGAGUCACUUCUCAUUAAAAAUAAUGAAAUAAUGGAGCUUCUAUCUGCAGCUAAAUUUUUCCAGCUUGAAGCACUGCAGCGACACUGUGAGAUCAUCUGUGCAAAAAGUAUCAACACAGAAAAUUGUGUGGAUAUUUAUAAUCAUGCCAAGUUUCUUGGAGUCACAGAACUGGCUUCUUAUUGUGAGGGUUACUUUCUUAAAAACAUGAUGGUUCUAAUUGAAAAUGAAGCUUUUAAACAGCUGCUGUAUGACAAGAACGGAGACUCGUCCGGCCCAAAUGUACUACAAGAUUUACAGAGGACGUUGGCAACACGCAUCCAGUCCAUUCAUUUGUCAUCUUCAAAAGGCUCCAUUGUAUAAAGUUCAGGAAGGGUGUGGAGUUUUGAGGAAAAAAAGGCACUGCAAGGGAAAUGUUGCUGUUGCAGAUACACAACUUUCUUUUUCCUACCGGAGUAUUACACUGCAGUUUUGGGCCAAAGGUGCUGUCACUUACUUGAAUCUUCUCUUGUGCAAGAGGGUGUGGUACAUGUGACUCCUAUGCAUUUUUGGAAUUGCAAGGAUGUAUUGCUGUCAUGUGAACUGCUGCUGUUCAGGUUCUGAACGGACACGUGGUCUUGCGGUGAUUGCCAACGAAGGGUGGGCCAUGCACCCUGGUAAAGAGCAGAAACCCCAAAUAGAGCAAGGAUGCCAUGGAACAAUUAUUUGACAAAACCAACACAUCAGGUUGUUUUUGUUACACAGUGACAUAAACUUCUUCCUCUUCUUCUUCUUCUUCUUUUUUUUGUGAGACUUGUACUUUUCCUACUGCAUUGUCCAUUGUAUGUGCACUUAAGAAACACAUGACCUGGUAGCUGCUCUUUAGUAAGAGUCAAAGAAGCGGUAAGACUGUUAUAAAUGAAUAUAUAUGUGUAUAUAUAAAUAUACAUAUAUAUGUGUGUAUAUAUAUAGGCAGAUUUCUAGUGGUGGGAACUUCUUUUCUUUUCUUUUUCUUUUUUUGUUUACUAAAAAAGACUGGGUGGCCUUGUAGUCAAAUUCCUCCUCCUUAAAUUCCAAAUGUUGUUUUCAGCAGAAAUAUAUUGGAGAAUGUAAGCAACACGUUAAGUUCGGGAUUUGUUUUUGCUUUAGGGUUUGUUUUUAAUAUGGUAAAAUGUACACUAUGUAAGCAUUCAUCUGAAAAUGAUCCUGCUCAUAUUCUUCUUUACUUAAAAGUGGUAUAAUCCUGCCUGGAUGGCUAUGGUUACACCAAAGAGGUGCAAUUAUCAAGGACUCAGUAGUUUUGGUUUGGGAAAAGUCUGCAUGCUAAUUGUGAUUUGGAGUUUAAAACAGCAAUGCAAUUUGACAUGCAUUUGCAUGGUAAUGGUACCUGUGAACUGUUAUGUUUGUGCUUAAUUUUUCCAAGGGAAAAAAAGAUGAUGCAAUGUUAGUUCUUCGUCAAGCUCCAUUUGUGAAGUUGUAUUUCAGGGUUUUAUCUUCUGAGUGCACAAGUUCCCACAAAGAAAAGUUUUAAAGACAAUGAUUUCUAAUUAUUAUAUGAGAGGGGUCAAUCUGGGGUCUUUAUUCAAGGGAAAUGUUAGUAUUUUGCUACUAGGCAAAGGCUAUGAUGAAGAUGAUUUAUUUUAAUUAUAUAUUGAAUAUGUACUAUAGAGUGAUUUCUUGCUGUGAAUUGAGAAUGAGUGGGUUAUCUACUUACAAGGGCCUGUAACAGGUCUUGAGUUAUUUAGUGACAUAUUUUAAACAAACUGUUAAGUGCCACACUAAUUCUUGACCACUCACAUUUGAUCAGUUUUGCAAGGACUAAUGCAAAGACUGGUUCCAGCAGAAUCUUUAUCAUUCUGUUUGUUCUUUGGCAGAACUGUGUGAAUUGAUUAGCCUGCGCCCUCAGAAAAAUUAUGGCUGGUUCAUAAACUUUAGAAAUGUUCGUAGUAAUAGUGCAAGGUAGAUCCUGGGUCUUUUUACAAAGGUGCUAACUCACAUUUACAGGUUUUUGAAAUUUCUUUAGGAAUUCAGUUUUUAUAUUAGACAACAAGAGAACAAGAGGCUGUUGUGUGGUUCUGAACUUCAAAUCCUCUUAGUCAUUUUAAGAUCACUUAUACAACACUGCAAAAUUGCCUAACGUUCCUUUAAGGGACAGCUUGGUGACUAAAUAAUGAAGUAACACGCCUCCCUCUCUAAUUCCUGGAACCAGUCCAGGACAUUUUGCUGUCUGAGACAGAGGACAGAAUAGUACUCUUCUCUAUUGUUUGUACAAAAGCUGACUGGGCUGGCAGUUGAAUUUUCCUUAAACACACUGGCAGUACAGUAGUGUUCUCCAUCACAGCCAAGGGGAACAACCUAGCUUAGAGGGUGCAGUGUUGGUUAUGGAGCACAUGGCGCUCCAAGAAAGACAAACGGCUAGAAGGUAGAUGCAGAGUUGACAGAUAUGGGGCUGCUGCCAUCCACCCGAAUCUGCCACUUAAGGCAGUUGCCCUACUUCACCCAGUGGUAGGGCCAGCCGUUGCAAUCGGUGACUUGCCCUUUUGUACACAUUGCAGUACUGAGGGGCAGGGAAGCUGACCAAUGUUAUUAAGGUUCCUUGGGGUGCUUCCAUUAGCAUUUGCAGUGUUUUCUCAGGUGUUAGAAAAUAGAAGGACAAUAACACUGGGUGGUUGUAGUAAGCUGCCAAUGGCAUUUGAAAGCCUUGUGUGCAUUAACUGCCAAGUUGUCCAAUAGUAAUGGCAAACAAUGCAGCAAGAAAAAGAUUUACGGGUAGUUUCACAAGUGACAACAGGAGUCACUAGAAUGUAUCAUGUGCAAACUUUGUUGACAUGGGAUAGAUAACAGGUGUUCAAAAAAACCUGAGUAAACAUUUUGUGACAUUAUUUGUGUGCAAAUUUGAAAAGACAAAAGUAUUCUAAAUUACAAUUUCUGAAAACUGUUGAAAGCGAACUUUUUACUGGAGCUGGCCUUUGGGAAUCAAGGAUGGGAGAGAAAGAUAAAGCCCAUAGGCCAUGAUUGGGCACAAGGUAAAUCAGGGUGUAUUGGUGGACCUCUAGAUGAUUUGCAGUA